AUGGCAGACCCUCAAUCAACGACACCACACGUCCUCUCAGUGACGACGUCGGCCUCGCAUAACUUCUCCAAGAACGCCGUGUCUUCCAUCAAACUCAUCGCCAAUCUCGGCGUGGAAGGCGACUGUCACGCCGGCGAGACCGUUCAGCACCGCUCACGCCUCCACAUCAAGCCUCCACCAGCAAACCUUCGCCAAGUGCACCUUAUGCCAAUGGAAGUGCUGCGGGAUAUAUGCGUAACAUUGCCGACCGAUGAGAUAAAAUCGCAGCUUCUGAAGCCUGGUGCUCUCGGACAGAAUAUUACCACCGAGGGAGUCGAUCUCUUGAGUCUGGGUGCCGGGACGGAAAUUCGCUUUGUUGGAGAUGGCGUGGCUGAGGGCGGCGAUGCUGUCAUUGCCCUCACAGGGUUGAGAAACCCCUGUCCUCAAAUUGACAAGUUCCAGGCUGGAUUGAAGGACCGGUUCUUGGUUCGUGAUGAAGAGCGUCACAUUGUCAGGCGGUUGGCGGGUGUCAUGGCUACAGUGAAGAAGGGAGGAGUUGUGCAGCCUGGAAUGAGGCUGAUUAUUGACAAGCCUCCCCAGCAUAUUCCCUUAGAUGUUGUUUGA